UCCCUCCAGCCGCUGCCUCCUUCUCUCCAUCCACACCGCCCGCUCACUCACGCCUCCCGCCGCACCGCGCUCUCGUGCUACCUGACGCAUCGUCGCCUGCGCCUCUGCGCCCCCGCAUCCGCGUGGCGAGGCUCUUCCGCGCCUUGCGCUCCGUGCGUGAGCCAGCUGGCGGCCGCCUCUGUGCUGCGUCCAGCGCACCUCGAGCACGCUCCGCGCUCCUCCGAGCUCUCCUCACGUCCGACCCUCGUCGCGAUCCGCGCGCCGCGUCGCUCGCAUGGGCAACAGCCAGUCGAGCGAGAGCGCCGGCGGCGCCAAUGGCAUGCCGCCGGGCACGCGGCCGCGCUCGCCCUCGCUGCGCCGCACCAGCACCACUGGCUCGACGCCCGUCUCUCCGCGCGGCGCUGCUGCAGGAGGAGCGGCAGCGUCGCAUCUCCACGCUCGCGGCCCGCACCGCGGUCAGGCCGGCGGCGGCAGUCUGCGCUUGCCUGGGCGCAGCGCCGCCGCUGAUGCCGCCUCGGGCUCGGCCGCUGCUGCGAAGACACCGCGCUCGCGCUCACGCAGCGGCAGUGCGGCGCUCUCGGGCGCUGCUGGCGCAGGCAGCUCGUCGCCGUGGCGCUCCACCAGCGGCGCAAGUGAUGCUGCGCCGACCUUCCGGCGAAAGAAGAGCAUCGAGCUGACGGACCCAGACGGAGUAGCACCUAUCACGCCGUCAGGACUCUCACGCAAGGCGCCCGGCACGCUGAGUGCGCCCGGCUUCGAGCCACACCUUGCGGUCUCGCCCUUUCCGAGUCCGUCUGUCGCGACGACUUCGCAGUACGCCAGCGGCACGUCCAGCCACCUGCGCUCGAGUCUCGCGUCGCAUCAGCAUUCCGCCAGCGGCGGCGUCGGCGGCGUGUCGAGCCCGCAGGCAAUCUCGGGCAUUGCAGCCGUCGCGCCGAGCCAACGAGGCAUCUUCAGCGAUGCCGGCGGUGCUGCCGAGUCGCUCGGCACCGUCUCGUCGACGCCCGCAGCUCGCAGCCCAUCAGGUGCUAUCACGUCUGGCGGCGACGAUGGCCAAGCAGACGACGGCAGUGGAGUCACGCGCGACCCGCUCGGUCGCCAGCUGCCUGCAGCGCUGCCGUCCUACCUCAAGAUUCCCACUUUAAUCCCGAGCACCUACGCAUCGCCGCCCGGCUCUCUGGCGUCGUCUCCAACUCGGCAGGGCGAGAUGCGCUCGGCGUGGAUGGACGAGACGCUGCACGCCCCGACGCUGGCGCCCGUUGGCGCGGCAGCCGCUGUGCUGAACACCGAGGAUGUGCUGUUCAAGCCGGGAAGCGCCAGCAAGGCCAGCUCGCCGGAACGAUCAUCGUCGCCCGCCGGCAAUGGCGCGGCGCCGGGCGCCAGCGACGGCAUGUCGACGCCUGCGCCAGCCGACCAGAUCGCGGCGGAGCUGACUGCGGCAUCCGAGGUGGACCUGGAACCGAAGGACGGAAGUCAAGCGUUGGCAGCCGAGGGCGCAGACGACAGGCCGUCGCGGAGCCACACACCUGUCGACCCUGAGGCGGAGGGUGAAGCGACGAGGCGCGAACGCACGCCCACUCCGAGCAGCAGCGGUGCGCCGCAGGCGCUGACGCCGCGAGCCGAGCCUGACGAGCCGAACUUGGAUGCUGGCUCAAGGCGGCGAAGCGGCGACUUCUCAGACACGCCAAGCUCGGGCAGCAGCACGCGGCGCGCCGGCGUCAAGGUGUUCACUGGCAUCGAGUCGGGCGUCAACACGCCGGCCUUUCCGCCGAUCGCUGGCACGGGUUUUGGCAGACACCAAGACGUGCCUCGCGUCCCGGUGCGCGGGUUCGACGUGCCUGUGCAGUCGCCGAGUGUUCAGGAGCCGCCGACGCCAACGCGAGCCGACACAGCGCGGCCGAGCGAUGCACGGCCCACGCCACUCACGCCCACGCCUGCUGCGCCAGCGGACGGGCGCUACCGUCCGCCAACAGGUCCAGCCAUGCCUGUGACGGUGACGUGGGCGGGCGGCGGACGCGAGGUCUUUGUGACGGGCACCUUUGCCAACGAGUGGCGCAGCAAGGUGCCGCUGAAGCGCUCGAGCCGCAAGGACCACUCCAUCGUGCUGCACCUCGAGCCCGGCACGCAUCGGCUCAAGUUCAUCGUCGACGACCGCUGGCGCGUCAGCCGCGACCUGCCCACGGCCACGGACGGCAGCGGCAAUCUCGUCAACUACAUCGAGAUGGCGAUCCCCGACGACCCUGACCCCACGGAACAGACGCACACGGCUGCCGAGGCGGCGGAGAAGCGGCGCUCGGGCGGCGCGCUGGCUGGACACGGCAACACGAUGGACCUGCGCGAGCAGGCGCGACGCGCAGAGGCGAUCCGACGAGGCGAGCUGGAGGAGGUCUUCGGGCCGAACAAAGCCCGCGAGGAGAUCUGGACGCAGGAGAUCCCGGCGGCCGUCAUCGCAGCGCAGGAGGCCGAGGAGGCCUACCGCGAUGCAUGCGAGGCAGCCGCCGCCAGUGGCCGUGCCGCACCGGGCAGCAAGGACGGGCCGCCGCCGCCGUCUCUGCCGACGCCGCCGCUGCUGCCGCGGCAGCUCUCGACGGUGCUUCUCAACGCCUCGCCCGCCAAUCCGGCCGUCGCACAGGCGACGGGCGGCACGGUCGACGACCUCAGUCUGCUGCCUGCGCCGCCAAACAGUGCCAUCCUGCACCACCUCACGGCGUCGGCGAUCAAGAACGGCUGCGUCGCUGUCGGCACGACGAUCCGCUUCAAGAAGAAGUACGUCUCGACGCUCCUCUACACCAGCAGCUCUUGAUUGGUCACCUCGUCUCGUGCUCCCCAACUCGUCUCGUCCGUCCUGGCUCAUUCCGCCCUCGCAUUCGCUCCUUAGCCGCGUCGCUUCACGCUCCGCAAAGCACCCUCACACGCCUAGACGAGGCCGGUCCGCUCCUGGCGGGCUGCCUCAACGCUUUCUCGCUCAUCCUACACUACUCGUCUCUGCUUCCUUCUCCAUCACCCUCUUCCUCAUUCUGGUCGGCGUGAGCUGGGCCAGUAGACCUUGCGCUGCCCACUCUGACCAUCUUCUUACCCCACGUGCGCGGCCUCUGCGCCUGUAACAACAUCGUCUCCUAG